AUGAGCAAGAAGAGUACAGAUUUAACUAAAUCACUUCGAUUCUUGCAAGUGUCGAAGUUGAUGCGUGCUUUCAAGCCAGUUACUAUAAAUGGAAUCUCGACCAAAUCGAUUAUUAAACAAGUGAAAGAAAUAGAAUCAGAUAGCCCUAACCAUUUUAAAUGUUAUAAAAAUCAUGCUCGAUUGUCAUAUUUACAAAAGUAUUUGCUUGAUUAUAUUAAAAGCAAACCAGAAAAUCUUAUCUACUUGUCACUCAGAAUUAAACCUUCUGAUCCUGAAUUUCCAUACGAUCUAGAAAAAUUGAAUAUCAACUUGACUAUUCCAAGUGGGUUCCCAGAGGACAAGUCUCAGCGACCUAAAAUCAGUGUAUUAAAUGAAGACAUUCCCAGAGGAUUUGCUUAUAAUGUUGAAGUGGGAUUUCAAAGAAUAGUUGAUAUUGCUCAAGGUGCCCUCAAAGAUGAUGAAAUUACCUUGGUUGAUGGGAUAGGGUUGGCUUCAAUGAUAUUGACAUUGGAUAAAUAUUUGGAAUUAUUUUUGAAGCAGGAAAAGAAAGAAACUAUCAAGUUUGUAAAAACCAAGAAGAAAUCCCCGCCAGUGACAUCAACAAAGUCUCAACAAAGUGUGCAGCCGAAACAACAACCAAAGCAACAGCCGAAUACUAGUAUAAAGACAAAUUACAAACCAAAAGUUGACCCAAAGUUGUUACUUCAACGAAAGAAACUUCUUGAAGAGAUGUGUUAUAAACUAAAUGGAUCUGUCAGGCCACUCAAAGAAGAGGUUUAUCGAGCCACUAUUCCAGUACUUCCUAAUACUGCUCCGGAACUUUGGAAGUUGAACGGGGAUAUCGAUCUUAUGCUCACGGUUCCACAAACUUAUCCUAUGGACAAGAUAAGUGUUUCAUUGAGGAACAACUUCAAUGAAAACCUAGUGGUAAAGCAUUGCCAAGAGGACCAGUUUGAGAAGGUAAAGAUUAUUAAACAAUACAAAAAGUAUGAGAAAAAUAUGAACAUUAAUGUAAGGAGUUAUGACUUUGGAACUGAAAACUUGACUGUAAUACUAAAUUAUUUGACGAAUAACAUUGAUAAAUUUGUUCUUGACGCAGAAAGUUUCAAAAAGUAUAAUGAUACUGUGAAAAUUUUUAAAGCCGAGAUGGUUAGUACAGAAUGCUGA